UUUUGAGAGGUUGUUAUCUGGGAAAUAAAUAAGGAACCUGCAAAUGUCGCGACUGGCCAAUCAGAAUCAAGCAUUCCAACGAGCCGUGUAAUAAACCAGAUUAGAACAUAUGGUUCCCGCAUAAGCACCAGGUCUUAAACUUUUAGUAGAAGGAAUUUAAAUAGCUGGCAUAUAAAACCAUUAUGAAAAUCCUGAAUCAUUAUAAAUCCAGCAUUUUCAUCCAGUAAACUUACAAUUAACCUCCUCUUCAAUUCCUUAUAAAUGCUUUUUAAAACGGAGAGGAUUGCCCUUCCACGUUUACCCUGUACUGGGUUGAUAUUGGAAAGCAAUUUAAAGUGACGAUUGCUGGGAAAGCCACAGAUCUGAAUCUGAAGGCAAACCUCUCCCAAAACUGUAGAAAUGUUCUUUCAAAGACUGAAUUUAUGGGAUCCCAUGAGAAGUGCAGUUACAAUUAGGUUAUUUAUCCAUAUAAAUUAGAUGUGUGAGCUGAGGGUGAUUGCAUAAAAGAGAGAAAAGAGCUCAAAUUGAAGGGAAAAGUGCCAAUUUGUGCCCACUUAGCACAGAUUUGUAAAGGAUUUUACUGCUCAGUCCAUUUCUUGAUUUAUGCAGGUGAAUCUGUAAUAAUCCAUAACAAUUUGCAGUACAUUUAUUCCAUGAACUAACUUCUGCAGGAGCCUUAAAGGAGCAGUUCAUACAAAAAUGAAAAUUCUGUCUUCAUUUACUCACCCUCAAGUUGAUACAAAUCUGUGUACAUUUAUUUGUUCUGAUGAACACAGAGAAAGAUAUUGGGAAUAAUGCUUGUAACCAAUCAGUUCUUGGCCACCAUUGAUAGUAGGAAAAAUUGUCUUUGUUCUGUUGAACACAAAAGAAGAUAUUUUGAAGAAUGUAGGAAAGCAAACAGUUCUGGGGCACUUUUGACUAGUAUCAUCGUAAUUUUUCCUACUAUAGUAGUCAAAUAUCUUGUUCAUAUAGGACAAAGACAUUUAUACAGAUUUGGAACAAAUCGAGGGCGAGGAAAUGAUGACAGAAUUGUUAUUUUUGGUUGAACUGUCCCUUUAAGUUUUCCCUUAAAGCGAUAGUUCACACAGAAAUAAAAUUUCUGCUAACAUUUAUUCACACACUCGUUGCUCAAAACCUGUAUAUGCCCUUUUCUUUUGGAACAAAGAGGUUUUGUGUCUAUACAAUGGAAGUCAGUGGGGAUCGAUUGCUUUUAGGUUACCAACAUUCUUCAAAAUAACUUCUGUAGUGUUCUGCAAAGUGUUACAGGCUUGGAAAGACAUAAGGGUGAGUUAAUCAUGAAAGAAUUUUCAUUUUUGGGUACGCUAUCCCUUUAAUUAUUGGUACAAAGGUGAUACUUUAUGUAACGCCCCUUGAACUAUUUGAACUCAUCAUUCCAGACCUUUAAGCACUAGGCUAUGAUUAAAGUAAAAUCUUUUCUUUAGUACUCCUCAAGGUUAUCAAUGUUAACAUUUAUCAGAUAUACGCUUUUAAAAUUUAAAGUCUGUCUUGUGUUGUUAAAAGGACCAAAAAAUAUUUACUUGUCUUACACAGACCAAUGACACCAGUAAUUGAUACAACUGGCCUUUUCUCCUGCAGUUUCAUGUAGUUUUACGGUGGUAAAGUGAAUCUGAAGUAAAAUCUGCACAAAGUUUCUAUCAGUGAGAUGGAGUGAACCGGAUCCAGGGAAUCCGAUUAGAUGCAGGUGCAGAAGUGAACAUUUUACAUCAACUGUGGAAAAUGAAUAGACAGACUGUGCAGAGGAGAAAAAUAAGCUUGAAAGCUCCAGCUGCUGUGUUGGAUCUGAGCGGGCAUCCUCGACUUCAGCCUUCCAGGCCAUGAGUAGUUUUAAGUGCCAGGAUGUGGAAAAACAGGGCAUCAAGCUGCCAAAAAAAUGGGCUGAUCCCAAUGACAAGAUCCCAACAGACCAUACGAUGGUUGUUGGUGGAGUGGUGGGGGGAGGAGACUCCUUCGACCCCGCAGGAGCUGCAUUAAAGAAAUGCCGGCAGCGUUAUGUGGAAAAGGACGGCAAGUGCAACGUCCACCACGGAAACGUGCGGGAGACGUACCGUUACUUUACGGACAUCUUCACCACGCUGGUGGAUUUAAAGUGGCGUUUGAAUCUUUUGGUGUUCACGCUGGUCUACACUACCACUUGGGUCUUCUUUGGUCUCAUUUGGUGGCUCAUCGCAUACGCCCGUGGAGACCUGGACCAUACCGAUGACAGUGACUGGACGCCUUGUGUGAAUAACCUGAAUGGCUUCGUCUCUGCGUUCCUUUUUUCCAUCGAGACUGAAACCACCAUUGGUUAUGGGUACCGUGUCAUUACGGAUAAAUGUCCAGAAGGAAUCAUCCUGUUGUUGGUGCAGGCCAUCUUGGGCUCCAUCGUCAAUGCCUUCAUGGUGGGCUGUAUGUUCGUGAAAAUCUCACAGCCAAACAAACGUGCCGAAACGCUGAUGUUCUCCAACACAGCUGUGAUAUCCGUGCGGGAUAGCAGGUUGUGUUUGAUGUUCCGAGUCGGUGACUUGCGUAACUCGCACAUAGUGGAGGCAUCCAUUAGGGCCAAGCUGAUCCGCUCCAAGCAGACCAAGGAAGGAGAGUUUAUCCCUCUGAACCAAACAGACAUCAAUGUGGGGUUUGAUACGGGGGACGAUCGGCUGUUCCUGGUGUCACCGCUGAUCAUUUGUCAUGAAUUCAACAAGAACAGCCCUUUCUGGGAGAUCUCUCAGGAGCAACUGGCACGAGAGGAGUUUGAGAUAGUGGUCAUCCUGGAGGGAAUGGUGGAGGCUACAGGAAUGACAUGUCAGGCCCGCAGCUCGUACCUGAACUCAGAAGUGCUUUGGGGAGAAAGAUUCACCCCUGUGCUUUCAUUGGAGGAGGGAUUCUAUGAAGUCGAUUAUGACACGUUCCACCACACCUACCCUGCACCGACCCCUUCCUGCUCAGCACAGGAGCUAGCGGAACUGGCAAAGAAAGGGGAAGCUAUCCCACUGCCCCCUAUUUCACCCCCAGCAACUUUGGUAGAACCCCAACGGCCAAAGGAAAUGCCCAGCGUGGAGAACAUAGAAGCAGAGGAGACUGUUAGCAACGGUGAUGUGAACCAAAUGGAAUGUGGGCAGGAAUGAGUAUGAGCCUUUGCUGCCCCUGUGUGGAUGGAUUUGAAAUAUAGACAUUAUAGCACAUCGCGGGAAUAUGCAUCAUUGACCUAAGGAAAAAAACUGACUGUGCUUGCUUCAGACACAUCAACUCCACAUGAAUUGCUAAAAAUCUAUAGACCUUUAAGUCUUAUUUGCCAUUGACGCUAUGCUGGUACUUUUAAUAAAAACUGUUUUGAAUGAUAGUACAGAAUCAGAUUUUAGGUGUAAAAUACCUCCUUUGGCAUGCACUUAAAUGCAAUGGGCCUCAUUCAUGAAACAUUCGUAAAUAUAUGAGUAAAUUCCCAGUAAUUUAUGAAGUUAUGCAGCCCUUCCCGAAAACUUUCCUCAGGAUUCACAAAUACUUCGUAAACGUCCGAUUUGAUAGUAAAACGUGUGUAUGUUAAUGAAUUCCAAUCAUACCUAAACAGGGCGCGCAUGCACGCUCAUUCACAAUUAGCAUAAACCCCGCCUAUGGAUUACAGCUACGCAAAUCACGUAUCUAGGAAUGCCGGAAUCCUCUGGACUUCAUUCUCUGGUUUGGCUACAUUAUAUUGCAUAAAUGCAUAAUAUACUAAUAGGCUAUAUGCUUACCAAUAAUUGAUUCAAUUAAACUGUGUCCACCAAAGCGUUUUUUGCCAGCUAAGAUAAUAAUACCUGGUGCUCUUCUGAAAACGACCGCUGGUGGCGCUUGAGAACGCUGUGGAGGCACUGCGCGUUAUUCCAGAGACGCGUUGGUUGCUGUGAUUUAGAACAGUUAGCAUCUCAUUUUAAAGAAUGUUACUUCAUAUGAAAAUGCAGUAAGCAUUAAUCUUAACUUUGUUAUUGUUGUGUAUGAUGGUUGGUCAGUGUAGUGUUUGUCCCGCCCCUUCUCCACUGUGAUUGGACGGCUGUGUAAAAAGGACAGUGACGAGCUCUGCGUUUCACCCAAAGUUAAAAAGUGAAAAAUUAUAAAAGAAAGGGCAAAAGAACUCGUGAAUAUCAUUAUGAUAGUGCAUCAAAAUGCAGUGUCAUCCCUUCGUCUAAAAGAAUACAGAACGUUACUGCGGUUUUAAGCACACGUGGUAUAAGUGUCGUAACUAACAUUUUGAAAAUACGAACAUUUUCAUGAAUCCGAAAAUUUACGUUAGAAUGACUUUACGAACGAUUUACACAAAAAUUUGUUCUGCUCGUGUUUCAUGAAUGAGACCCAAUGUAUAAUUACAUUAUUUACAGCUUUAUACUGUGUUUGCUUAACACACACACUACAGAAUUUGCAUCAUUGCUUCUGUGGUUUAUCAGUGUUAUACAUUCUUUUUAAAAUUUUAUUUAUAGAUUAUAAGAUUUAUUGUAUGAAAUGGUGCUUAUAGCUACACAGCAGCAUUGUUUAACUUUGUUGAAUGAAAUAAUUUUAAUUACCUAUGAAUGGCAUAUUGAAUACAGUAUGCUUAUUAAAGCACAUUAUCUGUGAUACACAAGGGUUGGAGUCAAGGCAGAACCAGCUGUCUGUUUUAAUGAAUUGCAAUAAAGAACACUGAGAUUUAGAAUUCUUGUGAAUUCUCUGUUUAUGGUGAAAAUACUGUGCCAACAUGUGCUUAACGGUGAUCUCUAGUACAAUGGAAAUAUGUUGUAAUGUGGUCUGAGAUUGUAAGCUGAGACCCAAAAACAGUGAUUAUGUUAGAUCUGAAGAACAAGGCUCCAACUCUGGUUCACAUUUAUAGAGCAUCUGUUCUGUAAAUGGCAAAAUAUCAAGUCUGGAUUUUCAGUAUAAACCAACAGUGACAUCUUCUGUUUACGACAUCAUAACACACAUUAACUGGGAAAUAAUGUUUCUUUACUGACGUAUGUCAUAUACUCACAAGUUUGAUUUUAAUUUUCAAUAAAAAAUUGCACAUUGUAAUCAUUGCAAAAUGUUUUCAUUUGCACAAAUAAGAGUGUAUAAAACAUUGUGUUGCUUGGCUAAUGUUGUCAUCUUGCAUCUAAACAUUCGUGCUUCUGUUUGUAAAACAUCACUGUUGUUGAAA